AUGCUCCGGCCGGCACCAAGGAGUGGGAGCUCCGCAUGGAGCUCGCUGUCACAAGCGGUAGCUGGGAAUACAAGGACAUCAACAUCAGCUGUUUCCCUCAAGGCCCGAAGACCUAUUAGUUCAACACCCCGCAACUACAGCAUUUGCUUGACGGCUAGACAUUCACGAACACCGCUAUCGACAUCAUCCUCAACUCCUUCAUUCGCAUCAACCUCCCUAUAUAGAACUACAACUACAUCACUACCCCGCUUUGGCAGAAGCUUUCACGCCACUUCAAACGCAAUGGCAGAGACAAGGACAGAAACCGAUGCCUUCGGGGAGGUGCAGGUGCCGGCAGACAAGUACUGGGGAGCGCAGACCGAACGGUCAUUAGAGAACUUCAAGAUCAAUCAACCACAGGAUCGCAUGCCCGCGCCCAUUGUGAGAGCAUUUGGCAUCCUCAAGGGAGCGGCAGCAACAGUCAACAUGCAGUUCGGGCUUGACCCUACGGUUGGCAAGGCCAUUCAAGAAGCGGCUGCCGAAGUUGCCUCCCUCAAGCUCGUCGAUCACUUCCCCCUCGUGGUGUGGCAGACUGGCUCCGGCACACAAUCGAACAUGAACGCCAACGAAGUUAUCUCGAAUCGUGCAAUUGAAAUCCUGGGAGGAAAGAUGGGAAGCAAGAAGCCGGUCCACCCCAAUGACCAUGUCAAUAUGAGCGCUUCGUCAAACGAUACGUUCCCUACCGUCAUGCACAUUGCCGCAGUCCUCGAAAUCGAAAAUGAACUUAUACCCGCCAUCAAGUCCCUCCGAUCCGCUCUCCAGGCUAAAGUUGACGACUUCGAAUCAAAGAAUAUUAUCAAAAUUGGACGGACACAUCUCCAAGAUGCUACCCCGCUGACUCUCGCUCAAGAAUUCUCUGGAUAUGUUGCCCAGCUGGACUUUGGCAUCAAGCGUGUCGAAUCUUCCCUCCCCGAUCUCCGUUUAUUGGCACAGGGAGGUACUGCUGUUGGAACUGGAAUCAAUACCUACAAGGGCUUCGCCGAGGCUAUUGCCGCCGAAGUCAGCAAGAUGACCGGCACUGAAUUCAAGACCGCACCAAACAAGUUCGAAGCCCUUGCCGCACACGACGCCAUUGUCCAAGCUUCCGGUUCCCUCAAUACCCUUGCAUCAUCUCUCUUCAAAAUUGCCCAAGAUAUCAGAUAUCUCGGCUCUGGACCACGCUGCGGUCUAGGGGAGUUGUCCCUGCCUGAAAAUGAGCCAGGAAGCAGUAUUAUGCCUGGUAAAGUCAACCCAACACAAUGUGAGGCUCUGACCAUGGUUUGCGCACAAGUCAUUGGCAACCACACUGCCACCACCAUCGGGGGAAUGAAUGGACAAUUCGAACUGAAUGUUUUCAAACCCUUGGUUAUCCGAAAUUUACUACACAGCACCCGUAUCCUUACCGACGGCAUGGCGAGCUUUGAGAAGAACUUAGUGGUUGGCCUCGAAGCAAAUGAGGAAAAGAUCAAGAGCAUCCUGAAGGAAUCACUUAUGUUGGUGACUUGCCUUAACCCAAAGAUUGGCUAUGAUAUGGCCAGCAAGGUAGCCAAGAACGCACAUAAGAAGGGCUUGACACUAAAGGAAUCCGCUAUGGAACUGAAAGCUUUGAGCGAGGAGGACUUUGAUCGAUUAGUCAGACCAGAACUGAUGGUCGGCCCCGCGGAAUACCAAGGAAAAUAA